AUGGGAGACGGAGGACAAAGGCGCAGAUGGGAGUACUGGUGGGUUGCUCUGCGUUUCUCUUUGCUGCUGUGCUUCGGAGAGCAGGUUUCAGCACAGAUAAGGUACUCUAUUCCAGAGGAGGUGAAAGAGGGAUCCGUUGUUGGAAAUGUUGCUAAGGAUUUGGGGCUUGACGUCAGUACUUUGGUUAAGAGGCGGUUUCGUAUCGUUUCUGGAUCGAAUGACGCUCUUUUCCAGAUAAAUCAGAACAAUGGCGUCUUGUAUGUUCAUAAUAAUAUCGACAGAGAGGAGCUCUGUGAUGGCACUGGCGCGUGUUUGAUGAACCUGAAGAUUGUAGUUGAGAAUCCUCUAGAAAUACAUUAUGUUCAGUUAGAAAUCAAAGAUGUCAAUGAUCAUUCACCUAUGUUCACAGAAAAGGAGCAGCAUUUUGAAAUAGCAGAACAUGUCCCUCCGGGAACUCGCUUCCAAAUUCCGACUGCUCGUGAUCCGGACAUAGGUUUAAACUCUGUAAGUUUUUACAAAUUAAGCCAGAAUGAUUUUUUCGACAUUGAGAUAAAAGAUAGCGAUGAGGACAAAAUACCAUUUUUAAUAUUACAGAAAUCUCUAGAUAGGGAGAACAGAAUCAACCACUCAUUCGUUUUAACUGCUAUCGAUGGAGGGAAUCCGCCAAGAUCAGGAUCUCUAAAUAUAACCGUUACUGUUCUUGACGUAAAUGAUAACAAGCCUGUUUUUAGUCAAGACACAUAUUCUGUAACUUUACAAGAAAACGUCCCUAUUGGUACCAUCGUUGUACAAGUAAGUGCUACUGAUCUAGACGAAGGGUUAAACCGUGUUGUUGAAUACUCUCUUGGCAGAAACCUUAAGAACAAAGUUUAUGACGUGUUUAAUUUGGAUAGCAUUACAGGUGAAAUUAGAGUGAAAGCGCAGGUAGACUUUGACGACACCGAGGUGUACAAACUAAGUGUACAAGCAUCAGACAGAGGUCAGCCUCCAUGGACUGUCGAAUGCGGGGUUAUCAUAAAAAUACUUGAUGUUAAUGAUAACAAACCCGAGAUAGAGGUAACAUCCCUCUCUAAUAUGGUCUCUGAAGAUUCUAAACCAGGAACUGUUAUUUCUCUCAUAAGCGUUAAUGAUAAAGACUCCGGUAUCAAUGGAAAAGUGUUGUGUAGUCUGUUAGGAGAUAUACCCUUUGAGUUAAAACCUUCAUUUCAGGAUAAUAUAUACUCUUUAGUGACCAAACAACGAUUAGACCGAGAGUUUGUGUCCCAUUAUGACAUCAAAAUAACAGCUACGGACUGUGGUCAGCCUCCUCUGUCCACAUUCAAAACUCUGGUCGUCCAGAUAUCAGAUGUGAAUGAUAAUAGUCCAGAAUUCUCCCAAAACCCUCUUGAGCUGUACUUAGUGGAGAAUAACACCCCUGGUGCGUCCAUAUUCUCUGUAAGCGCCACUGAUAAAGACUUGAAUGAAAAUGCAGCCAUUUCAUAUCAUAUUGUUAGAGGCAAAGUGACAGAGAAUGAUAUGACAUCUUUCCUGAAUAUCAAUUCUGACAAUGGACAUAUUUCUGCUCUAAAAAGCUUUGACUUUGAAACCCUCAAAACAUUCCAAUUCCAAGUUGUAGCUACAGACUCUGGAACUCCGUCACUAAGCAGCAACGUCACAAUACACGUGUUCAUUCUGGAUCAGAACGACAACGCUCCAGUGAUACUGUAUCCAGUCAGUGCUAACGGAUCCGCUGAAGGUGUGGAGGAGAUUCCCCGCAAUAUGAACGCAGGCCAUUUGGUGACUAAAGUGAGAGCCUAUGAUGCUGAUAUAGGAUAUAACGGCUGGUUAUUAUUUUCACUGCAGGAAGUUACUGACCACAGUCUCUUUGCUUUGGACCGCUAUACAGGACAGAUAAGGACACUUCGGUCAUUCACAGAGACAGACGAGGCUGAGCAUAAACUGGUCAUACUGGUAAAAGACAAUGGGAACGUUUCACUCUCAGCAACAGCUACUGUGAUUAUCAACGCGGUGGAGCCUAAAGAGGCUUUUGCAGCUUCUGAUGUUAAAAGCGCAGUAAAAGACGAGGAGGAGAACAGCAUUACAUUUUAUUUGAUCAUAACUUUGGUUUCGGUUUCAGCACUUUUCAUCAUCAGUAUCAUCGUGUUGAUUAUAAUGCAGUGCACCAAAGCCCCAGACUAUUCCUCCAAGUACUUACAAGAUGCGAAUUACGACGGGACACUGUGCCACAGCAUCCAGUACAGAUCCGGAGACAAACGGUACAUGUUAGUUGGACCCAGAAUGAGUAUAGGUUCUACUAUAGUCCCGGGCAGCAAUGGGAAUACUCUAGUGGUACCCGACCACAGGAGAAGAGCUUCUGGAGAGGUAAGACAUAUAUGUCUCUGUAAUUGCAUAGAAAUCGCAUAGAUUAUUGUCCCAUUCUGUUUGUAAAUUCUGAUAUUUCAUUGAACUACGGGGUUUUGUUUGAGUGGGUCUAUAUGUUUUUUCGGAGCAUGGCUUUGGCAUUUUAACAAACCUAUUCCUCUCACAGGUUCUGUCAUUGAAAUCAGCGGAUCACUAGUCACCACGGCAUUUGAAAGUGGUCGUUGUCCACGACAGUGGUUCCGAAACACUGUGCAGCUCAACGUGUUAUUUGACAUGUCACAGAUUUAUGUUUUAGUUGAGUUGUUACGCGUGGUGAUGUUUUGGCAUGAAACCCAUUCUCCUAAUGCGCAUGGUGUCGCUGCUUUUCAGUGUUAGAAACAUGCAUUUUGUUUAUAUCCCUCCCUCUCUUUGUGGUGUUGCCUCAUUUAAAACCAUUCGAGUCGAGUGAAACGGGCACUGGCUUUUUGGAAUGGAGAAUACUAUCUGCAUGGAUACUUGCUUGGAAUUGUUUUGUGGAUUAACUUGGCAUCUUGAUUUUUCUGGAUGAAGCGGACUGUAAUGGUUCCAAAAUAACAGGGCUUGUCAAAAUGGUAGACGGACAGAGAAGAGGGGCGCCUCUCUGGGCGAUGCUGUCGUUUGUAUUUUUGUUGUGCUUUUCCCGUGGAGCUUAUUGUCAAAUACGCUAUUCUAUCACGGAGGAGCCGAAAGAAGGUGCUUACGUGGGAGAUCUAGCAAAGGAUUUAGGGUUCAGUGUGGAUAUUCUGGCGGAGCGAAGGUUUCGGAUUGUAUCUGGCUCUAAGGAAGGUCUUUUGCAGAUAAACCAAGACAAUGGCAUGUUGUAUGUGAACAGAAACAUCGACAGGGAGGAGCUGUGUGAGAAAAACAGUGUGUGUUUAAUCAACCUAAAAACCGUCGCCGAAAAUCCAAUGGAAAUACAUUAUGUUGAGGUAGAAAUUACGGAUAUAAAUGACCAUUCUCCUAAUUUUCCAGAAAAUGAGAAACGCUUAGAGAUAGCAGAGAAUGCUGUGCUCCAAGGAACGCGCUUUCCUAUUGAUGCUGCGCGUGACCCUGAUGUUGGAGCAAAUAGUCUCAGUAAGUACACUCUCAGUCCAAACGAUCACUUUGAGUUAGAUGUUAAAACUCGCGGUGAGGAUAAAAUUCCUUUUUUGAUUUUGAAAAAGCCGCUAGACAGAGAGCAGAAACCUGAAAUUCGACUGAUUUUGACUGCGUUUGACGGAGGUGAGACAGCAAGAUCUGGCUCAGUCAAUAUAACAAUACAUGUGAUUGAUGUCAAUGACAACGCACCAGUCUUUGACAGACAGGUGUAUACGGUAACUUUAUAUGAAAAUGCUCCCGUAGGUGCCUCAGUUCUAAAAUUAAACGCCACGGAUAUAGAUGAUGGCGCCAACGGACAGGUUAUAUACACGUUUGAUAACAGUCUUAAAAACAAAGCGUUCGAUUUAUUCGAGAUAGAUAAUGUUACAGGUGAGAUCACCGUAAAAGGAUUAGUAGACUUUGAAGGGCAGAGUGUUUAUGAAAUUGACGUGCAGGCGUCUGACAAAGGUCCAGUUACUUUGACUGGUCACUGUAGUGUUGUAAUUAAAGUGAAAGAUGUAAAUGACAACGCACCUGAGAUGGACGUGACGUCCCUAUCAAGCCAAGUCCCCGAGGAUGCACGACCCGGUACAGCGGUAGCUCUUAUCAGCGUGUCUGAUAUGGACUCUGGUGAAAACGGCUUAGUUAUAUGUACAAUCUCAGACAACAUCCCUUUCGAAUUAAAACCGUAUUUUCAGAAAAAUAUGUAUUCUUUGAUUACUAAAAGCAGAUUGGACAGAGAGUCAGAGCUUAUGUACACAGUGACUAUAACUUCUACAGAUAAAGGAGACCCAUCACUGUCUUCCAACAAAACUAUCACGGUCCAUAUUUCAGACGUUAAUGAUAACAGCCCUGUGUUUUCUCGGAGCCAGUAUACUUUUUAUGUACCGGAAAACAAUGCUGCACACGCGUCUGUGUUUUCAUUGAGUGCCUCAGACAGAGACCAGGAUGGAAACGCUCGUGUGUAUUACAACAUUUGGAAAAGUGAUGGCGACGCUCCUAUUGUAUCCUACCUAAAUAUUAAUUCUGAUGAUGGUGACAUUUACGCGCUAAAAAGCUUUGACUUUGAAACUCUCAAAACAUUCCAAUUCCAAGUUGUAGCUACAGACUCUGGAACUCCGUCACUAAGCAGCAACGUCACAGUGAACGUGUUCAUUCUGGAUCGGAACGACAACGCUCCAGUAAUCUUGUAUCCAGUCAGCGUUAACGGUUCCGCUGAAGGUGUGGAGGAGAUUCCCCGCAAUGUGAACGCAGGCCAUUUGGUGACUAAAGUGAGAGCCUAUGACGCUGAUAUAGGAUAUAACGGCUGGUUAUUAUUUUCACUGCAGGAAGUUACUGACCACAAUCUCUUUGCUUUGGACCGCUAUACAGGACAGAUAAGGACACUUCGGUCAUUCACAGAGACAGACGAGGCUGAGCAUAAACUGGUCAUACUGGUAAAAGACAACGGGAACGUUUCACUCUCAGCAACAGCUACUGUGAUGAUCAACGUUGUGGAGCCCAAAGAGGCUUUUGCAGCUUCUGAUGUUAAAAGCGCAGUAAAAGACAAGGAGGAGAACAGCGUUACAUUUUAUUUGAUCAUAACUUUGGGAUCAGUUUCAGCACUUUUCAUCAUCAGUAUCGUCGUGUUGAUUAUAAUGCAGUGCUCCAAAGCCCCAGACUAUUCCCCCAAGUAUUUACAAGAUGCGAAUUACGACGGGACACUGUGCCACAGCAUCCAGUACAGAUCCGGAGACAAACGAUACAUGUUAGUUGGACCCAGAAUGAGUAUAGGUUCUGCUAUAGUUCCGGGCAGCAAUGGGAAUACUCUAGUGGUACCCGAACACAGGAGAAGAGCUUCUGGAGAGGUAAGGAUAUUAAUACGUUCUUAUACAAGUCACGUACAUCGUGGAUGGUCCUCAUAAGCCAUGUAGACUGAACUGUACAGUGCAUUGAGUGUCUCAAUACGAUCAUAUUUACUUGGGUAUGUUUUUAACUUGCUUUGGUGUUUAGAUUUGUGUUCCGGUGUGUUUGUUUUAGUACUGUUUGGAGGGAAUUGUCUUGCAUUUAUGUUUUGUAAUUCAUCAAGUGCCCUUUUAAUACCAUAUAUUUGCUUUAGAAUUGGAUGUGUGGGACAUUCUAAAUAAAUCAAAACGGAAUUCAAAGUUAUUUCGCCAUAGAGCUGUGUUUUUUGGACGCGUGGUAUGUCGCUCUCGGUUAGGGUGGUUCUGAAACGCUCCGAUGUUUCGCAGCUCUGCAGGAGAAAAUAUACCUUGCAGAUAAAGCAAUAUGCUUCAUUUGAUCUUUUUGUAAAUCUGUAUCAGUUGCUAUGUAGAUAAUAUUAGCCUACAUUUGGCCUACACACAAAGCCUACACACAAUGUAAAUGAUUGAUUGUCUGUCUGUAUGUUUGUGCCGAAAAUGCUACUGGUGCUGGAGUAGCCAAUGUCCUGUAUACAACCAUGCAAUCAAUGUGUGGUAGAACGCAUGGUGUCAGUGCUUAACUAGAAUAACGCUCUUGAAAGCAAUGCUCACGUCAUACUUUUGCAUCCUCCCCUUAGUUGGUUUAUCAUUCAGUAGCUAGCAGACAACUGUCGUGAGCAAGAAGGAGAUAUUUCAUACACAAUUGAACGGAACCAAAAUGUUUUUUUAGAAUAAUGAGCUGUGAUCCUUUUUGGGAAUGCAAUGGGUAAGGUUUCAUUAAUAAUAUAGGCAUAGUGUUUCGUGCUGUGGAUUCUUUUUGGACUAAAUAUCAGAAACAUGGAACAAAGAGGAUAUGGGGCAUGGUGGGAGCAACGACGGAGGCUUUGGACAAUGGUUGCUUUGGUUCUCUUUUGGAGCGGAGCUUCAGCACAGAUAAGAUACUCCAUCUCUGAAGAGCUUAAAGAAGGAACUGUCGUGGGGAAUAUAGCUAAGGAUUUGGGAAUAGAUCUGAGCACCUUGAAGGGAAGGGGAUUUCGAAUCGUGUCUGGCUCGACCGAGCCCCUUUUCCAGGUAAACCAGAAUGACGGCAUCUUGUAUGUGAACCGAAAGAUAGACCGAGAGGAGGUGUGCGAACGGAGCAGCAUGUGUUUAAUCAACAUGAAAACCGUUCUAGAGAACCCGCUGGAGAUCCAUUAUAUUGCGGUGGAGGUGUUAGAUGUUAACGACCAUUCUCCCAGCUUUCCCGAGAAAGAGAAAAGGUUAGAGAUAUUUGAGUCAGCGUUACCAGGGGCGCGAUUUCAGCUCCAGGCUGCGCUCGACGCUGAUGGUGGACAAUACUCUGUUCAACAGUAUAAACUCAGUCACAACGAUCAUUUCCGCUUGGAAGUUAAAGACCGAGGUGAUGAUGGCAAAAUCCCUAUAUUAAUAUUACAAAAACCACUGGAUAGAGAGGCUGUAAAGAGCCAUAUAUUGCUGCUCACAGCUAUUGAUGGAGGAAAACCUCCAAGAUCUGGAGACAUGAGAAUAACUGUAGAUGUUCUUGAUAUCAAUGAUAACCCGCCUGUCUAUACAAAGGAUGCUUAUUCAGUAUUGGUGAAUGAAAAUACUAUUGUUGGCACAACAAUUGUACAGGUAAACGCCACCGAUUUGGACGAGGGACAAAACGGUUUAGUAAUUUACUCUUUUGGCAAUAGCGUGAAUAGUAAAUUACGCAAUCUCUUUGAUCUGAACCCAGUUACAGGUGAAAUCAUUGUGAGAGGACUGAUAGAUUUUGAAGAAAAAGACAAAUAUGAACUCGAUAUACAGGCAUCGGAUAAAGGACUUGCACCAAUGGCAUCAGAUAAAAGCGUAGUAAUAAGGAUAGUUGACGUCAAUGACAAUGCACCUGAGAUUGAGGUGACAUCAUUUUCAAAGGCAAUCGCCGAGGAUUCUAGACCUGGAACCACAGUCGCGCUAAUCAGUGUUAAUGAUUUGGACUCUGGUCUCAACGGGAAAGUUGUCUGCACUGUGAUGGAAGACACAACUUUCAAACUAAUGCCAUCUCUACAGGAAAAUAUUUACUCUGUGGUCACAAAGUCAACACUGGAUAGGGAAAAACAUUAUGAAUAUAAUGUUACAAUAGUCGCCAAAGACGCCGGCCAGCCGUCCUUGUCAUCUGUAAAGACUAUAAGCGUCAUUAUAUCAGAUGUGAAUGAUAACAGUCCAGAGUUUUCACUGAGCCCCUAUACUUUCUAUGUCACUGAGAAUAACGAUCCAGGCGCCUCACUUUUUUCCGUGAGUGCGUCAGAUCUUGACAUAAAUGAAAACGCAAUUAUUUCAUAUCAUAUUCUGAGAGACGGUGGCGAGGAGAAUAAAUGGUCAUCUUUUCUCAACAUUAAUCCUGAAAAUGGAAACAUUGUGGCGCUAAAAAGCUUUGACUUUGAAACGCUCAAAACAUUUAAAUUCCAAGUUGUAGCUACAGACUCUGGAACUCCGUCACUAAGCAGCAACGUCACAAUAAACGUGUUCAUUCUGGAUCAGAACGACAACGCUCCAGUGAUACUGUAUCCAGUCAGUGCUAAUGGUUCCGCUGAAGGUGUGGAGGAGAUUCCCCGCAAUGUGAACGCAGGCCAUUUGGUGACUAAAGUGAGAGCCUAUGACGCUGACAUAGGAUAUAACGGCUGGUUAUUAUUUUCACUGCAGGAAGUUACCGAGCACAGUCUCUUUGCUUUGGACCGUUAUACAGGACAGAUAAGGACACUUCGGUUAUUCACAGAGACAGACGAGGCUGAGCAUAAACUGGUUAUACUGGUAAAAGACAAUGGGAACGUUUCACUCUCAGCAACAGCCACUGUGAUUAUCAACGUUGUGGAGCCCAAAGAGGCUUUUGCAGCUUCUGAUGUUAAACGCGCAGUCAAAGACGAUGAGGAGAACAGCGUUACAUUUUAUUUGAUCAUAACUUUGGGGUCGGUUUCAGCACUUUUUCUCAUCAGUAUCGUCACGUUGAUUGUAAUGCAGUGCUCCAAAGCCCCAGACAAUUCAUCCAAGUAUUUACAAGAUGCAAAUUACGACGGGACACUGUGCCACAGCAUCCAGUACAGAUCCGGAGACAAACGGUACAUGUUAGUUGGACCCAGAAUGAGUAUAGGUUCUACUAUAGUCCCGGGCAGCAAUGGGAAUACUCUAGUGGUACCCGAACACAGGAGGAGAGCUUCUGGAGAGGUGAGAAGUUGAAAACGACUUUAUAAUUCACAAUGCUCCUACACCUGACCAUUGACAUAUAGUGGUGAUAGUUUGAGUUGGAAAAUUGCAUAAACUAUUGUUAUUGUGUUUGUACGUAUUUCAUAUUUCAUUGACCGAAAGGGUUAUGUGUGAGUUGGUCUAAUUUGCUGUUUUUAAAUAAGAGGGUUGUGUCUGUAACAUGAUCUCAGAGCUUGGCAUGUAGAAAUAACCGGCUUAUUCACAGUCACUACACUCAGGACUUGCCGCUCAGGGCAGGCAGGGCGCUGUCCACCACGGUGGUGCUGAAACGUUGGGCUAUUCAACCAUAGAGAACGAUAGAGGCCUAUAGUGGCCAAAAUUUCGUUUUAGCAUGGGCAGCGCCAUUGAGGGCUUCCACCAUGCUUCCGCCAUUUUAAAGUAGCCAAAGUAGUCAACUAGCUGGGGAUUCCUAUGGGUUGUAGCCUCAAUAGCGCUGCCCAUGCUGUCAAAGAGGCUAUAAUGGCACAUAUAUAAAAAUGAGUCCUCUAUGUAUCUCUAUGAAUUCAACACGUUGUUUGCAUGGUGAAGUUUUGUCCCAAAAAAAGAAAGGAUAGCAUAAAUAGCUCGAUUUAUUUAUUAUGGGAGACUUGCUGCAUACUUCAGUACAUUGUAUUUAACGGAAGCUUUAAGACAUAUGAAUCAUGGGUCUGCCGAGUCCAGUCAUCUCUAUUCUAACCUUGUACUGACCUUUUUCCCUUAUGCAUUGUGCCAAUAUAGCAUUCUGGGUGGGUUGGACUAGUAAAAGUAGGCCUAACAUUAUUAAACAACAGUGCAAUGUGAGUUAGAAUCGCAUGGUGUCAGUACCCAACUAUAACGCUUCUGGUAGAAAUACUAUCAUCAUGCUUUUGAGCCCUCCUCCUUGCUGGGUUGGUAGGUUUGAUCGGUCUCUGGAGGUAUACAGUCGUGCAGCUUCGUGGAGAUAAAAAUAUCUGGAGUUGAUAUAAAUAAAACUAUCGUUUGUUUAUUCGUUUUGGUAUUUGGCGAACAUUAUGGAUAGACAACGGUCUCCAAUGAAGGAAUAGUGGAGGUGCUGUGGAUUAUUGCUAUUUGCCUUGAAAACAUGGAACAAAGAGGAUGCGGGGAAUGGCGUGAGCGACCGCAGAGGGUUAUCUACAUGGUUGCUUUGGUUCUCUUUUGGAGCGGAGCUUCAGCACAGAUAAGAUACUCUAUCUCUGAAGGGCUUAAGGAAGGGACUGUCGUGGGGAAUAUAGCUAAGGAUUUAGGAAUAGAUCUGAGCCCCUUGAAGGAGAGGGGAUUUCGAAUCGUGUCUGGCUCGACCGAGCCCCUUUUCCAGGUAAACCAGAAUGACGGCAUCUUGUAUGUGAACCGAAAAAUAGACCGAGAGGAGGUGUGUGAACGGAGCAGCGUGUGUUUGAUCAACCUAAAAACCGUUCUAGAGAACCCACUGGAGAUCCAUUAUGUUGCGGUGGAGGUACUAGAUGUUAACGACCAUUCUCCCAGCUUUCCUGAGAAAGAGAAUCGGUUAGAAAUAUACGAGUCCGCUUUACCUGGUGCACGAUUUCAGUUGCAAGCUGCAGGUGAUCCAGAUGGUGGCCAGUACUCGGUUCAACAAUAUAAACUCAGUCAUAAUGAUCAUUUUCGUUUGGAGGUUAAAGAUCGAGGAAGGGAAGGGAAAAUUCCUAUUCUAAAUCUACUAAAGCCCCUAGACAGGGAAACUAUGAAAAGGCAUAAAUUACAGCUGACAGCCAUUGAUGGAGGAAAACCUCCCAGGUCUGGGACUGUGGAAAUAGUUAUUGAUGUUUUAGAUGUAAAUGAUAAUAUGCCCGUUUUUACCAAAGACUCAUACUCAGUGACGUUAAAUGAAAAUUCUGCAAUAGGCACGACAGUCGUGCAAGUAACUGCUACGGAUUUAGACGAGGGUUCGAAUGCCGAGGUCUUUUACUCUUUCGGUAAAAAUGUAAAAAACAAGAUACGUAAACUAUUCGAUGUAAAUGCGAAUACGGGUGAGAUAAUUGUGAAACAUUUGGUCGAUUUCGAGCUACAAGACAGCUAUGAGAUUGACAUACUGGCAUCUGAUAGAGGAUCUGCACCUCUGACAACGGACAAAAGCGUAACAGUAAAGAUUAUUGACCUCAACGAUAAUGCACCUGAGAUCGAGGUGACUUCUUUUUCGAACGCAAUCCCCGAGGAUUCUAGACCCGGUACCACCGUAGCACUAAUCAGUGUUAAUGAUUUGGACUCUGGUCUUAAUGGCAAAGUUAUCUGCUCUUUAGUUGAGGACAUACCAUUUAAAUUAAUAACGUCUUUACAGGACAACAUGUAUUCUGUAGUCACCAAGUCAUCACUGGAUAGAGAGAAAUUAUCUCAAUAUGAUCUAACAGUAGUUGCUAAAGACGCAGGCCAGCCUUCCUUGUCAUCUGUAAAGACUAUACGCGUCAUUAUAUCAGAUGUGAAUGAUAACAGUCCAGAGUUUUCACUGAGCCCCUAUACUUUCUAUGUCACUGAGAAUAACGACCCAGGUGCCUCAGUAUUUUCCGUGAGUGCAUCAGAUCCUGACAUAGAUGAAAACGCUGUUAUUUCAUAUCAUAUUCUCAGAGACGGUGAUGAGAACAAAUGGUCAUCUUUUCUCAACAUUAAUCCUGAAAAUGGAAACAUAUUGGCGCUAAAAAGCUUUGACUUUGAAACUCUGAAAACAUUCAAAUUCCAAGUUGUAGCUACAGACUCUGGAACUCCAUCACUAAGCAGCAACGUCACAAUAAACGUGUUCAUUCUGGAUCGGAACGACAACGCUCCAGUGAUCUUGUAUCCAGUCAGUGCUAAUGGUUCCGCUGAAGGUGUGGAGGAGAUUCCCCGCAAUAUGAACGCAGGCCAUUUGGUGACUAAAGUGAGAGCCUAUGACGCUGAUAUUGGAUAUAACGGCUGGUUAUUAUAUUCACUGCAGGAAGUUACUGACCACAGUCUCUUUGCUUUGGACCGCUAUACAGGACAGAUAAGGACACUUCGGUCAUUCACAGAGACAGACGAGGCUGAGCAUAAACUGGUCAUACUGGUAAAAGACAACGGAAACGUUUCACUCUCAGCAACAGCUACUCUGAUGAUCAACGUUGUGGAGCCCAAAGAGGCUUUUGCAGCUUCCGAUGUUAAAAGCGCAGUAAAAGACAAGGAGGAGAACAGCGUUACAUUUUAUUUGAUCAUUACUUUGGGAUCAGUUUCAGCACUUUUCAUCAUCAGUAUCAUCGUGUUGAUUAUAAUGCAGUGCUCCAAAGCCCCAGACUAUUCCCCCAAGUAUUUACAAGAUGCGAAUUACGACGGGACACUGUGCCACAGCAUCCAGUACAGAUCCGGAGACAAACGGUACAUGUUAGUUGGACCCAGAAUGAGUAUAGGUUCUACUAUAGUCCCGGGCAGCAAUGGGAAUGCUCUAGUGGUACCUGAACACAGGAGGAGAGAUUCGGCAGAGGUAAGAAGAUAAAUACGUUUUUGUAAUUCUUUGGUGUCAUAUUGUACUUACUAUUUAUAUGGUGCUUAAACGCCUCAAUUUGAAAAUGGUAUAGAUUAUUGUCCCGUUGUGUUUGUAAAUUCAGACUGACAUUUAAUUGAACUAGGGUUAUAUUUGGUUAUUGGUGUAGUCUGCUCUUAGGUUAUCUCACAAGUUAUUUCGUGAAAGUAGCCGGCUCAUUCACAGCCUCUGCUUUCAGGGCUUGUCGCUGUCUACGACCGUAGAGCUGAAGCUCUGUUUAGUUCAACACCCUGUUAGACUGUUCAACGUUUUCCAAAAAGUAAUGGCAUAUAAUACUUAAAGUGGAUACUUAAUUUAUUCUUAUUUACUCUUUUUUACGUGUGGGACACUUGUAGCAUACUUGAGAAGACGAAAAGUUGCUUUAUACUAGUAUAAGACGCAGUGUACAUAAUUGUUUGUGACGUGUAUGCUGACUUUAUCCAUACGGUUUUUGCUGUAAAGUUUUUACUGAUAUCUAUUGUGUCAAGAUGCCACUAAAAAGCAUCAACGAUAGGGUAAUACGAGGUAGAAUCGCAUGGUGUCAGUACCCAACUAGAAUAAUGCUCCUGGUAGAUUUCCUCCCGUCAUACUUUUGAGUCCGCCCACUUGCUCCUUAGCUUAUUCAAUCACUGGAGGAAUACAGUCAUGCAGCAUCGUGGGGAGAGUAAGGUUUAAAAUUGACAUUCUUAAAACACUACUGGAUAAUCAGCAUUGGUCAUAUUUGCUAAAAUAAUGGACAGACAACUGACACAAAUGGAGUAAUAGUGAAGUGCUGUGGAUUUUUGCUAUUUAUUCUAAAACAUGGAACAAAGAGGAUGCGGGGCAUGGCGAGAGCGACAGCCAUGGGCCACCUACAUGGUUGCUUUGGUUCUAUUUUGGAGCGGAGCUUCAGCUCAGAUAAGAUACUCCGUCUCUGAAGAGCUUAAGGAAGGAACUGUCGUGGGGAAUAUAGCUAAGGAUUUGGGAAUAGUUCUGAGCACCUUGAAGGAAAGGGGAUUUCGAAUCGUGUCUGGCUCGACCGAGCCCCUUUUCCAGGUAAACCAGAAUGAUGGCAUCUUGUAUGUGAACCGAAAAAUAGACCGAGAGGAGGUGUGCGAACGGAGCAGCGUGUGUUUGAUCAACCUGAAAACCGUUCUAGAGAACCCGCUGGAGAUCCAUUAUGUCGCAGUGGAGGUGUUAGAUGUUAACGACCAUUCUCCCAGCUUUCUCGAGAAACAGAAACGGUUAGAGAUAUUUGAGUCAGCGUUACCAGGGGCGCGUUUUCAGCUCCAAGCUGCGCGCGACCCAGACAGUGGGCCAUACUCUGUUCAACAAUAUAAACUGAGUAACAAUGAUCAUUUUCGUAUAGAAGUUAAAGAUAGAGGUGAAGACCGUAAAAUGCCUAUUUUGAUUUUACAAAAGCAGUUAGAUAGGGAGUCUACUAAGAAUCAUAGAUUAUUGCUUACAGCCAUUGAUGGAGGAAAACCAGCGAGGUCUGGGACUAUCGAAAUAAUUGUUGAGGUAUUGGACGUUAAUGAUAACUCACCUGUCUUCACUAAAGACUUAUACUCUGUAAUACUUGGUGAAAAUUCUCCUAUCGGUGCAACUGUCAUUCAGGUAAAAGCAACCGAUUUGGACGAAGAUGCAAAUGGUGAAAUUAUAUAUUCAUUUGGUAAGGAAAUAGAUGACAAGGUACUGCGACUAUUUGGAUUGGAUCCGAAUACUGGUGAACUAACUGUAAAAGGUCUGAUAGAUUAUGAGGUAAACAACAUCUAUGACAUUGAUAUACAGGCAUCUGAUAAGGGAUCCGUUCCAUUGACAACAGACAAAAGCGUAAUAGUAAAGAUUUUUGACGUGAAUGAUAAUGCGCCCGAGAUAGAGGUGACAUCAUUUUCUAAGGCAAUCCCCGAAGAUUCCAGACCCGGAACUACUGUAGCACUAAUAAGUGUUAAUGAUUUAGACUCUGGUCUCAAUGGGAAAGUUAUAUGUUCUGUAUUGGAAGACUUUCCUUUCAAGCUAAUGUCGUCUUUACAGGAUAACAUGUACUCUAUAGUCACCAAUUCACCACUGGAUAGAGAGAAAGUAUCUCAAUAUGAUCUAACAAUAGUAGCCAAAGACGCAGGCCAGCCGUCCCUGUCAUCUGUAAAGACCAUAAGCGUCCUUGUAUCAGAUGUGAAUGAUAACAGUCCAGAGUUUUCACUGAGCCCCUAUACUUUCUAUGUCACUGAGAAUAACGACCCAGGCGCCUCAGUAUUUUCUGUGAGUGCUUCAGAUCGUGACAUAGAUGAAAACGCUUUUAUUUCAUAUCAUAUUCCUAGAGACAGUGGCGAGGAGAAGAAAUGGGCAUCUUUUCUCAACAUAAAUUCAGAAAAUGGGAACAUAGUUGCUCUUAAAAGCUUUGAUUUUGAAACCAUCAAAACAUUUAAAUUCCAAGUUGUAGCUACAGACUCUGGAACUCCGUCACUAAGCAGCAACGUCACAAUACACGUGUUCAUUCUGGAUCAGAACGACAACGCUCCAGUGAUCUUGUAUCCAGUCAGCGCUAACGGUUCCGCUGAAGGUGUGGAGGAGAUUCCACGCAAUGUGAACGCAGGCCAUUUGGUGACUAAAGUGAGAGCUUACGAUGCUGAUAUAGGAUAUAACGGCUGGUUAUUAUUUUCACUGCAGGAAGUUACUGACCACAGUCUCUUUGCUUUGGACCGCUAUACAGGACAGAUAAGGACACUUCGGUCAUUCACAGAGACAGACGAGGCUGAUCAUAAACUGGUCAUACUGGUAAAAGACAAUGGGAACGUUUCACUCUCAGCAACAGCUACUGUGAUUAUCAACGUUGUGGAGCCCAAAGAGGCUUUUGCAGCUUCUGAUGUUAAACGCGCAGGGAAAGAAGACGAUGAGAUCAGUGUUACAUUUUAUUUGAUCAUAUCUUUGGGGUCGGUUUCAGCACUUUUUCUCAUCAGUAUCGUCGUGUUGAUUAUAAUGCAGUGCUCCAAAGCCCCAGACUAUUCCUCCAAGUACUUACAAGAUGCGAAUUACGACGGGACACUGUGCCACAGCAUCCAGUACAGAUCCGGAGACAAACGGUACAUGUUGGUUGGACCCAGAAUGAGUAUAGGUUCUACUAUAGUCCCGGGCAGCAAUGGGAAUACUCUAGUGGUACCCGACCACAGGAGGAGAGCUUCUGGAGAGGUAAGAAGUUGAAAACGACCUUUUCAGAAUUCUCCUGACCAUUGAAAUGCUGAGAGUGUAUGUAUGAGUUUGAUGACGGUGUACUAUUCUCAUUCUGUUUGUUAGAAUUUCUGGUGGAUAUUUUAUUUUAUUUUAUUUAUUUCACCUUUAUUUAACCAGGUAAACCAGUUGAGAACAAGUUCUCAUUUACAACUGCGACCUGGCCAAGAUAAAGCAAAGCAGUGCGAUAAAAACAACAACACAGAGUUACAUAUGGGGUAAAACAAAACAAAGUAAAAAAAUACAACAGAAAUACAUAUAUAUACAGUGUGUGCAAAUUUAGCAAGUUAUGGAGGUAAGGCAAUAAAAUAGGCUAUAGUGCAAAAUAAUUACAAUUAGUAUUAACACUGGAAUGAUAGAUGUGCAAGAGAUGAUGUGCAAAUAGAGAUACUGGGGUACAAAUGAGCAAAAUAAAUAACAAUAUAGGGAUGAGGUAGUUGGGCGGGCUAAUUUCAGAUGGGCUGUGUACAGGUGCAGUGAUCGGUAAGGUGCUCUGACAACUGAUGCUUAAAGUUAGUGAGGGAGAUAAGUGUCUCCAGCUUCAGAGAUUUUUGCAAUUUGUUCCAGUCAUUGGCAGCAGAGAACUGGAAGGAAUUGUGGCCAAAGGAGGUGUUGGCUUUGGGGAUGACCAGUGAGAUAUACCCGCUGGAGCGCAGACUACGGGUGGGUGUUGCUAUGGUGACCAAUGAGCUAAGAUAAGGCGGGGAUUUGCCUAGCAGUGAUUUAUAGAUGGCCUGGAGCCAGUGGGUUUGGCGACGAAUAUGUAGUGAGGACCAGCCAACAAGAGCGUACAGGUCACAGUGGUGGGUAUUAUAUGGGGCUUUGGAGACAAAACGGAUGGCACUGUGAUAGACUACAUCCAAUUUGCUGAGUAGAGUGUUGGAGGCUAUUUUGUAAAUGACAUCGCCGAAGUCAAGGAUCGGUAGGAUAGUCAGUUUUACGAGGGCAUGUUUGGCAGCAUGAGUGAAGGAGGCUUUGUUGCGAAAUAGGAAACCGAUUCUAGAUUUAACUUUGGAUUGGAGAUUCUUAAUGUGAGUCUGGAAGGAGAGUUUACAGUCUAACCAGACACCUAGAUAUUUGUAGUUGUCCACAUACUCUAGGUCAGACCCGUCGAGUGUAGUGAUUCUAGUCGGGUGGGCGGGUGCAAGCAGCGUUCGGUUGAAGAGCAUGCAUUUAGUUUUACUAGUGUUUAAGAGCAGUUGGAGGCUACUGAAGGAGUGUUGUAUGGAAUUGAAGCUUGUUUGGAGGUUUGUUAACACAGUGUCCAAUGAAGGGCCAGAUGUAUACAAAAUGGUGUCGUCUGCGUAGAGGUGGAUCUGAGAGUCACCAGCAGCAAGAGCGACGUCAUUGAUAUACACAGAGAAAAGAGUCGGCCCAAGAAUUGAACCCUGUGGCACCCCCAUAGAGACUGCCAUAGGUCCAGACAACAGGCCCUCCGAUUUGACACAUUGAACUCUAUCUGAGAAGUAGUUGGUGAACCAGGCGAGGCAGUCAUUUGAGAAACCAAGGCUAUUUAGUCUGCCAAUAAGAAUGCGGUGGUUGACAGAGUCGAAAGCCUUGGCCAGGUCAAUGAAAACGGCUGCACAGUACUGUCUAUUAUCGAUCGCGGUUAUAAUAUAGUUUAGGACCUUGAGCGUGGCUGAAGUGCACCCAUGACCAGCUCGGAAACCGGAUUGCAUAGCGGAGAAGGUACGGUGGGAUUCGAAAUGGUCGGUGAACUGUUUGUUGACUUGGCUUUCAAAAACGUUUGAAAGGCAGGGCAGGAUGGAUAUGGGUCUGUAACAGUUUGGAUCUAGAGUGUCACCCCCUUUGAAGAGGGGAUGACCCUGGAUAUUUCAUUGACCAAGAAAGGGUUAUGUGUGAAUGUGUGAACCAUUUUUGGUUUUUAUGUAGGCUAAAGAGUUUUUUUUAGCUGUAAUAUGAUUCGCCGAAAGAGACACUUCUCUCAGGACAGGUCGCUGUCCAUCACAGUGGUGCUGAAACGCUGUCCAGUUUAACGUGCUAUUUAACUGGUGAAAGUUUGUCUAAAAGUGACGACGUAUAAAUGCUCUUAAAGUGGAUAUUUUACUCUUCUUCAUUCUUAUUUCCUUGUGAGACACUUGUUGCAUACUUGAGUAGGGUAAAUGUUGCUUUAUGUUUGCAAAAAGACGCAUUGUACAUAUGGUUUGUAACGUGUACACCGACUUUUAAAAAGAUCAAUACAACUUUUGCAGUAAAGUUUUAUCUCAUAUGUAUCGUGGCAAGAUUCCAUUAGUAAGCUUCAACCAUAGUGUAAUGUGAGGUAGAAUCACAUGGUGUCAGUACCCAACUACAAUAACGAUCGUGAUAGAAAUGAUUAUCAUAAUGAUUUUGAGUCCGCCCACUUGCUGCUUAGCUUAUUCAGUCGCUGGAGAAAUGCAGUUAUGCAGCAUCGUGGGGAGAGUAAGGUUUAAAAUUGACAUUCUUAAAACACUAUUGGAUCAUGAACAUUUCUCAUAUUUGCUAAUAUAAUGGAUGGACAACUGACACAAAUGAAGGAAUAGUGGAAGUGCUCUGAACUCUCGUUAUUUAUUCUAAAACAUGGAACAAAGAGGGUACAGGGCAUGGCGAGAGCGACAGCCGUGGGCCACCUACAUGGUUGCUUUGGUUCUAUUUUGGAGCGGAGCUUCAGCUCAGAUAAGAUACUCCGUCUCUGAAGCGCUUAAGGAAGGAACUGUCGUGGGGAAUAUAGCUAAGGAUUUGGGAAUAGAUCUGAGCACCUUGAAGGAGAGGGGAUUUCGAAUCGUGUCUGGCUCGACCGAGCCCCUUUUCCAGCUAAACCAGAAUGAUGGCAUCUUGUAUGUGAACCGAAAAAUAGACCGAGAGGAGGUGUGUGAACGGAGCAGGAUGUGUUUGAUCAACCUGAAAACCGUUCUAGAGAACCCGCUGGAGAUCCAUUAUGUCGCAGUCGAGGUGUUAGAUGUUAACGACCAUUCUCCCAGCUUUCCCGAGAAAGAGAAAAGGUUAGAGAUUUCAGAAUCUGCGUUACCUGGGGCGCGAUUUCAGCUACAAGCAGCUCGUGACCCAGACGGUGGGAUAUAUUCCGUUCAACAAUAUAAACUGAGUCAAAAUGAUCAUUUCCGUUUAGAGGUUAAAGAUCGAGGCGAAGACCGUAAAACCCCAAGUCUUAUUUUACAGAAACCACUAGAUAGAGAGGCUGUAAAGAGCCAUACAUUGCUCCUCACAGCUAUUGAUGGAGGAAUACCUCCAAGAUCUGGAGACAUGAGAAUAACUGUAGAUGUAUCAGAUGUCAAUGAUAACCCCCCGGUUUUUACUAAAGAUACAUACUCUGUAUUGUUGAAUGAAAGCGCUCCUUUAGGAACAACCGUCAUACAGGUACACGCCACUGAUUUGGACGAGGGUUCUAACGGUGAAGUUCUCUAUUCCUUUGGUAAUGACGUGGAAGGAGAGGCCCUGGAAUGUUUUGAUUUAGACCCGAUUACUGGCGAAAUAAUUGUAACAGGACUUAUUGAUUUUGAAGAAAAUAACAUAUAUGAGAUCGAUAUACAAGCGUCAGACAAAGGGGCAGCUACUUUGACAACAGACAAAACUGUAAUUAUUAGAAUUGUGGACGUCAACGAUAAUGCACCUGAAAUUGAAGUUACAUCUUUCUCUAACUCAAUCCCAGAGGAUUCUAGACCUGGUACCACUGUAGCUCUAAUCAGUGUUAAUGAUUUGGACUCCGGUCUCAAUGGGAAAGUUCUCUGCUCUCUAAUUGAGGACAACCCUUUCAAAUUAACGCAAUCUUUACAAGACAGCAUGUAUUCUGUAGCCACCAAUUCACCUCUGGAUAGGGAAAAACAGUCUGAAUAUGAUCUAACAAUAGUUGCUAAAGACGCAGGCCAGCCGUCCCUGUCAUCUGUAAAGACUAUUAGUGUUGUUGUAUCAGAUGUGAAUGAUAACAGUCCAGAGUUUUCACUGAGCCCCUAUACUUUCUAUGUCACUGAGAAUAACGACCCAGGCGCCUCAGUAUUUUCUGUGAGCGCGUCAGAUCGUGACAUACAUGAAAACGCUCUUAUUUCAUAUCAUAUUCUCAGAGACGGUGGUGAUGAGAACAAAUGGGCAUCUUUCCUCAACAUAAAUCCAGAAAAUGGAAACAUUUUGGCGCUAAAAAUCUUUGACUUUGAAAAGCUCAAAACAUUCCAAUUCCAAGUUGUAGCUACAGACUCUGGAACUCCGUCACUAAGCAGCAACGUCACAAUAAACGUGUUCAUUCUGGAUCAGAACGACAACGCUCCAGUGAUACUGUAUCCAGUCAGUGCUAACGGUUCCGCUGAAGGCGUGGAGGAGAUUCCCCGCAAUAUGAACGCAGGCCAUUUGGUGACUAAAGUGAGAGCCUAUGACGCUGAUAUUGGAUAUAACGGCUGGUUAUUAUUUUCAAUGCAGGAAGUUACUGACCACAGUCUCUUUUCUUUGGACCGCUAUACAGGACAGAUAAGGACACUUCGGUCAUUCACAGAGACAGACGAGGCUGAUCAUAAACUGAUCAUACUGGUAAAAGACAAUGGGAACGUUUCACUCUCAGCAACAGCUACUGUGAUGAUCAACGCUGUGGAGCCCAAAGAGGCUUUUGCAGCUUCUGAUGUUAAAAGCGCAGUAAAAGACGACGAGGAGAACAGCGUUACAUUUUAUUUGAUCAUUACUUUGGGAUCAGUUUCAGCGCUUUUUCUCAUCAGUAUUAUCGUGUUGAUUAUAAUGCAGUGCUCUAAAACCCCAGACUAUUCCUCCAAGUAUUUACAAGAUGCGAAUUACGACGGGACACUGUGCCACAGCAUCCAGUACAGAUCCGGAGACAAACGGUACAUGUUGGUUGGACCCAGAAUGAGUAUAGGUUCUACUAUAGUCCCGGGCAGCAAUGGGAAUACUCUAGUGGUACCCGACCACAGGAGGAGAGCUUCAGGAGAGGUAAGGAGUUGAAAACAACCUUGUAUUUCACUAUCAUCCCGUACCCUCUAUUGAGGCUGAUUUAUUAGCAACAUUUUUAGGCAUUUGUGAGUAUUUUAAAUAGGCCUAUGUUGUUUUGACGUAAGAGGGUUGUUGGUUCUGACAUGAUCUCACAAUAGAAGUAGCUCGUUCAUUUACAGCCACUGCUCACUGGGCGCUGUCCACCAUUGUGGAUCUGAAAUGUUGGGAACUUCAAUGCGCUAUUUGAUGAAUGCUUGCCAAAAGGUGAUGACAUGUAAACUAUCUUCUUUCUCUAUGAAUCUUUCUCAAUUUUAUUUCCUUGUGGGACACUUGUUGCAUUCUUGAGUAACACUUUAGUUAUUGUAAAGACAUCAUGAUGUGUUAUAUUCAACCAGAACUCCCAUUUCUAUACACCUUUUGCAGGAACGUUUUGUCAAAAAUGUAUUGUGCCAAGAUAGUUUUCAGUAUUGAAAUAUACAAAUGUAAACUCUUAAACGAUAGUGUAAUGUGAGGUAGUAUCGCAUGGUGUCAGUACCCAACUAGAAUAACAUUCCUUGAACAUUUUCUCCUGUCAUAUUUUGAGUCCGCCCCCUUGUUGGUUUCGUAGAUUAUUCAGUUGCUGGAGGAAGUCAGUCAUGCAGCAUCCUGGGGAGAAUAAUAUCUUAAAUUGCCAGCAUAAAUAUAACUUUGGAAAAUUAGCUUUGGUUAUAGUCACGAAUGUAAUGGAUAGAGAGUUUCCUUCGAUUGAGGCAUAG